CGUGUGGCGUGAACGCCAAGCGAGCGGGCUGCCGGGUCGGGGUUGUUUUAGGCUCGAGUGUUUUGACGAUGGGGCUGCGGGAGAUGUGGAGACUCAUGUCGAGGUUUAAUUCAUCCAGAAGGACUAAUAUCAUACUGCAGCAUUUGAGAAUGUCUAAGCACACAGAUGCAGCAGCAGAAGUCCUAUUGGAAAGAAAAGGUUGUGCAGGAGUGAUAACACUAAACAGACCAAAGUUCCUAAAUGCACUGAAUCUUAGUAUGAUUCGGCAGAUUUAUCCACAGCUAAAGAAGUGGGAACAAGAUCCAGAAACUUUCCUGAUCAUUAUAAAGGGAGCUGGUGGAAAGGCUUUCUGUGCUGGAGGUGAUAUCAGAGUGAUCUCAGAAGCUAGAAAGGCAAAUCAGAAGAUAGCUCAAGAUUUCUUCAGAGAAGAAUAUAUGCUGAACAAUGCUAUUGAUUCUUGCCAAAAACCGUAUAUUGCACUUAUUCAUGGAAUUACAAUGGGUGGGGGAGUUGGUCUCUCAGUUCAUGGGCAAUUCCGAGUGGCUACUGAAAAGUCUCUUUUUGCAAUGCCAGAAACAGCAAUAGGGCUAUUCCCUGAUGUGGGUGGAGGUUAUUUCUUGCCACGACUUCAAGGAAAACUUGGGUGCUUCCUUGCAUUAACAGGAUUCAGGCUGAAAGGAAGAGAUGUGUAUGCAGCAGGAAUUGCUACACACUUUGUAGAUUCUGAAAAGUUGGGCAUGUUAGAAGAAGAUUUGUUAGCCCUGAAAUCUCCUUCAAAAGAAAAUAUUGCAGAAGUCUUAGAAACUUACCAUGCAAAGUCCAAGAUUGAUCAAGACAAGUCUUUUAUACUUGAGGAACACAUGGACAAAAUAAACAGUUGGUUCUCAGCCAAUACUGUGGAACAGAUUAUUGAAAAUUUACAGCAAGAUGGUUCAUCUUUUGCCCUAGAGCAGUUGAAGGUAAUUAAUAAAAUGUCUCCAACAUCCCUAAAGAUCACACUAAGGCAACUCAUGGAGGGGUCUUCCAAGACCUUGCAGGAAGUAUUAACUAUGGAAUAUCGGAUGAGUCAAGCUUGUAUGAGAGGCCAUGACUUUCAUGAAGGUGUUAGGGCAGUUUUAAUAGAUAAAGACCAGAGUCCGAAGUGGAAACCAGCUGAUCUAAAAGAAGUUACUGAUGAAGCUUUGAAUAAUCACUUCAAGUCUCUGGGAAGUAAUGAUUUGAAAUUUUGAAGAGACUGGAUUUUUAAAGUAUUAUUUCGGAGCAGAGUUGGCAAACUAUGGCACAUGGGCCAAAGCCAACCUGCUGCCUUUUUUUUUUUUCAUAUAUCCCUCAGCUAAGAAUGGUUUCUGCAUUUUUAAAUGGUUGGAGAAAGAAAUCAAAGACCAAUAUUGUGUGGCAUGUGAAAAUUACAUGAAAUUCAAGUAUCACUGUCCAUAAAUAAAACUUUAUGGGAACAUGGCUUUACUCAUCUGUUACAUAUCUGUGGCUGCUUUGAGUAGUUGCAGUAGAGAUUAUAAGGCCUGCAAAGCCUAAAAUAUUUACUGUCUGGUCCUUUUCAGAAAAAUUUUGCCAGCCCUAUUUUAAAAGAUGGGAAAAUUUGAAGGUCUUAGAUUCUUGAGUUAGUAUAUCUAAUUGAAAUGGGAACUUUAUGUUUUGGCUUAGGGUAUUGGUUUUUAAUGUUGAUUAAGUAAACUUUAUAGGUUAUAAAAAAUAAAAACUGAAAUUUUUUUGGAUACUGUGUUAACACUUCAUAGAAUUUUCUCCAUAUAUAAAUCUAUUUUAAAAUAAUUAUGAGUUUCUGUAGCUGAAGUGUUCCUUUUAUAAUGAUAGAAAUCUCAGGCAAAGAGAAAAGGUUAUUAUGAGGUUGUCUUUCCAGUAUUAUCGACUCAGCCUUGGCUUUUUCUGAAGUUAACCAGAAUCUCUUCCUAUGGGGAAAGUAAAAGCAUUAUUUCUUGUUGUUUAGAGUAUUUGCUAAUCUGGCAGAAUGAGGCAUUAGAAAACUCUAAUCUCUAAGAUAGAGACACUCUGCCCUCUGCAAUUUACAUCAGACUUUUGUGUGAUAACAGUAAUUUGUUCUUACACAGUUCAAAUCAGGAGAAAGGACUUGAAAACAAGAGGACUUCUGUUCAAAAUAGAAGUACCUUCAGUAAUUGGUGCUGUUGACAAAAUAAGUUUUUUUUAAGGUACACAACUGUGGAUGUUCCAGACUUGGAACAUUAAUGUUUAGGUAAGAAUUAUUUUUAAAUUAAAGAUCAGCUUAUGAUUUACUUUAUAGCUUGGUACAAUUUUUCCAUAAUUCUAAACCCCUCAGAAACUAAGAGAACUUUAGUUUUGUGAAAGAAUGAAAAGCAGGCAGAACCGGAAAAGACAUCAAAGAUUAUAUCCUGCACCCUUCUCAGAGAUGAGGAAAUUGCAGUCCAGAAGGAAUUGCUUUAAAUUUUCUUUUCUCAAUAUACUUAACAUGAAGCAUUUUUCUUCCCCCCAAAAUUAGGAACAUAUUUGGAAAAAAAAUGCCAUGAUAAUGAACAUGUUUACAUUUAUAUUCUUAAAGCUUCUAAAUGUGGAUGUGAAUGAUCUAAGAAAAUACUUGUGUAAAUGGACUUUUAUUUUCUUUGUAUUUGCUAGAAAUGCAGAAAAUGUUAAGUCCUUUAUGUUAAAAAAUUUGAAAUCACACAAUGGUGAAAAGCAUUUGCUUGCUUCAAUUAAAUAAGGACUCAUAACUAGUUAAUUGCAACUAGACUUUUAUUGAACAGUUAGGAAAAAUGUUUUCACAAAAAUAUUUGGGAAAAAAUAUACCAUUUCAUAGCUAAGUCUUACAGUGAAGAGAAUUUGCUAACAAAAGUUGAGUUUUGCCAAGUAAGAUGUAGGGAAUACAUCUGAGCCUGUGCCCACUGCUCCAAGGAAGACAUGUCCAGUUUGGUCACACAAAUACAGGAUGGGGGCAUUAUGAUUAAGCAAACAAUUUAUUUGUUAGAACUUUGUUUUUAAAUUACUGUUCCUUGACAUUAUUUAUAAUUUGUCUCUAACUUUUGAUUUCUCAAACUAUAUAAUUACAAAAGUAUAGUCCCCCCAUCUCAUACAAUGCCAGUGAUACUGAGUAGGAUAUAUGAGUGUCAUCUACUUCAUUCAACAUGUCUCUUUUUAAUACUUAUAAGGCAGUUUGACACAAAUGAUUCCUUUGGGACUAAGAUAAUUUUUAUCCCCUUCAAAAUUGUGCUUUAAGUGCUAAUAACCAUAGGUAGUUUGCAAAGAACUGAUAAGGCAAUGGAAAGUGGAGAACUGUCAGGUCAAAGGCCUGUGACUGAAAGGUAAUAACUAGCACUCAAAAGACACUGAACUGGGAAGGGAGCAGUGAAGCACAUGUGUGGGGUUAUGUGAGUUUUCUUAAAUGAGGAAUCAGCACAUUUCUCUCUGCUAAUCUGCUGCUUCCAGAGUUGCCCCCUGCAGGUUCUUUGUCAUGCUGGUGGCACUCAUCUGCCCCUCUACUGGAUGUUCUUGAGGGAGAAGAUUCAGUGGUUGGGCACAUGUGAGUGUGGUAAAGAACGGAACAGAACUUGGCUACUGUGUCCUUCCCCUCAGAUGAAAACACUGGAAACUUGUUUUUGGAGCCUGAUGUGAGUGUUGUUUCUUGGGCCCUCUUUUCCCCAUUUUCUUUUCCCUUAUGAUUUGGCCACUAUUCUUAUUUCUUCUGUGUUUGUGAUCUAAGUUGGAACGAAUGUUUCCCAUUCCAGUAGCUAAUAAUUCUUUCAGUCUUCUGUUUUCCUUCCUUCUCAAGCAGCCCUUCUACUCUUUGUUCAUGAAAGACCUUCAGAAUGAAGUAAAUCCAAUAUUUAAAGAUGAAGGUAUGUAAGAAGUUGAAUUAUCGUAUCAAAGAUGUUCUCAUUAAUCUUGUCAUCUAGGCCAAACCAUAUCUUGAUAACCAUCAUACGCAGUAUAUUUGUUGAUCCAGCUCUUUCCUGCCUGCCCCCAACUUGGUUUAUCCACUAACUCACUGAUUAUGCAAGCCUUUGUAGUUCCGUGUCCAUGGUUUGACAUAUUAUACAGCAUACGUCUCCGUAAGUGUCUGUAUGUCACAAGAUACUAUACUGUUAAAGUGAGUCAGGGGCAAGGGGGUGGUGCUCAGUGACAAAACCCUAUUGCCAUAGUAUCAGAGAGGGUGGCAACAGAGAUUAGACCCUUAGAUACGGGUCUGGCAGGCCUGCCUGUAUUUUACCCCUAGAAAAUAGAGGCCCAGGGCAAAGGAGGAACCUGAGAUCAAAAUAUUUAGAUAUAAUCAAAGCCUACUAGUCUAUGUCCCUAUGUAUGCUGAAAAAUUUAGUGUGAUGCGCUGCUUUUAUAUGGCUUUGUGUUCUCACCAUAAUAUGUAUUAUCUUAUAUACUUACUUAUAUCUUUUAAACAGCAGUGACCUUGCGGCAAAAGUAUCUGAUGUAAAAUAUAAAAUGAAUGAAAAACGGCAACAUCUAGGCUUUUGUCUGAGUCAUUAGCAUAAGCACUCAUAAACCUAAAUUUUUCUUCAUGAGCUGGAAAUAUGUUUUGCACUUUUUGGAAACUUUCUGUUCUUAGCCUUGUAACUUCAGAUCCUUGUAUAAACAGGGGUGGUGGGUUUUCUAUUUUGUAAAGUUGCUAGAUUAUAAGUACAACAGGACAGUACAAACCCUGGGAUUAGGUGAAAGUUAAAUGACCAGUUGUCCAAAGGCAACUGAAAAGUGGCACACCACUCACUUCAAAAGAAUUUUCUUUGCCAAUUUACCUUGGAGAAUUCAGUCUAUUUGAUUGUGGGUUUCAGAGUAUAACUGCUAAAAUUAGAGGUAGCAAUUCUGCCUGCUUAUAAGGUCAUACACAUUUAUGUCAUUAGAGGUCACAAGCCUUUUUCUGCCUUUCUUUAGAUUUCAAUGACCAGGCUCUGUUGUAUCUUAAUAAAAGGAUCCAAUUGCAUGGGCUUAAAUAAUUCCUAUUCCAGUUAAACUCAAUGUGUGGCAAAUCUUGAUGAAAAGAUACUUCUAAAGACUCAGUCUCAAUUUUCUUGCAAGUUACAUCUUCUAGUACCUUCUUCCCCCUUUCCUGAAUUUUCUGUUACCACUGAUCUUAAACAGUACUUAAUUAAAAAAAAAAAAAAAAAAAGCCUUCCUAAAAAAGUAG